CUCAUCAGAUUCUGGGAGCGACUCUAUCGAAUCGCCCCGAAGGCCAGCCUCUCUUUUCUUAUACUCCUGAGCACCAACGUCCCUGUCAAGACCGACCUUGUAAUGCUAAUAAGCUGUAGCCUCCCUACCCUAUCGUCACUGUGCUCAGACGUACCAGCCGAUUCCUUUCAACUUAAUGUCUCACAGGCCUCACCACCGGGUUCGCCCAUCCUGAUAGACUGUACUCGAACAACAAGUUCCGACAUAGAUGGAUCAUCGGUCGGACGAAGGCUUGCUAGACAACGACAGGAACAGCAGAUUGCAGGACGAACGGCCGGGAGAAGUCUCGAGCGUGGUAACUUGCACGACCAUUCACCUCGUCUGAGACCGCCAAAGCGUGUGUCCGUACCCUGUGAACCGCUCCGAACCGGUGGAAAGCGUUCAGGCGGCCGAAGCCUUCACGCCCUCACUGCUCCGCCGACGAGCAUUCUCGCCAACAUCACGCAAAGUAACGCGUGAGAGGCGCCCCUCCUGAUUCCGAUCCUUCAGACGAUGAUGAUGAGUUUCCGUCUCGCCGCCCGGCGCAGCACUCUUUCUACCUCGGCCCCUUUGGUGAACAUAUAACGUAGGUGAUGGGGUCAAGGGCUAAGCGAAUUUGUCGUGGCCACGCUAAAUAAUGACCUACGUUUGGAAAUGUUUCAUCCAACAACCAGUGCAUAGAAGUUCUCUAGCAUCAAGU